AUGGGCCUUUUCAAGUCGGCCAACUCCCCUGCCCCUAGCGCCUCCAACCGUUCCAUGACGGGACAGUCCAUUCGGGGCAAAAUAUCAGGUCCAAUCCCCAUCCCAAAUCCUGUCGACGACGAAUUUCCAAUGCGCAACCCAGGCACCGGUAUCGCUACGCCUGUGACUGGGGGCGACAUGAGAGAACAGCAAAUGCAUCCGCCACAGGUCGAUCCCGCGGCGAGGUCGACUGUUUCAGUCCCCCGACCCGAAGUCUUACAGCCGCCGAGGACAGACUCCGUAGUAGCCCCCUCCGGAUCCGGCUCUACUUCAACAUCGUCACCAACGUCCGCCACACAUGCCCACUCCAACUCUCCGCAGUCGCAGAGAAGGACGAACGCUUCUAGUAAUCUGAGGUACUCUGUAGUGAGCGCAUCGUCUGAACAGACGGGUGCGAGCAAGGAUAGGCCUCAACGCAAAAAGUCUACUUUGCGCGGCGCAUUGGGAAAGCUAUUCGGUCGUAAAAAGAAGAAUGGCAGCCAGAGUUCACACGAUUCCCAGCGCGUAUCGACGUACAACCCCACGAACCAGAACCAGAAACAGCACAAGAGCGACCUUUCUGCGUUGAACCGGGCCAAAGAGUCCGAACCAAAGAGAUCGGCAUCGCUGCCGAUCACAGAAUAUGACAGAGCAUUGAGGUCUCAUUCUAUCGGACCCGAUGAUAUCACUGCAAUUGAAAGUGCACGCAACUCGAUCAAUGUCGACACAGUACAGUCGAGUCGCAAGCGAGCCGCAACAUCAACAAUCAGCCAAAUAUAUUCGGCUCCAUUCAGGCAUCGCGAGGGCGAAUUGGCGGGUCUCUCACCUCGUCCCGCAAGUACCCAUGUACGCGGUAGCCGACUAUUCCACUCCGAUGACGACGAUCCUGAAGAAAUCGGGCGCGCAAUCACGAGUGAUGUUGGACACAAACGGCGAUCUAGAAGUCUGAGCGGAAUCAACAACCCUGAAAUCCGAGCGGAUCUUCGACGGCGGAGUGAUGAAAUCCGGUACUGGCGACAGAGUUACAACCAGGCGACUAUUGCAGCGCCUGCUUUAACUAAUCUUCCAGAUCACGAUAAUCAAUACACUGAGGUCGCACCAAUGGACAUGCCAGAGUCUCCAGUUUCGCCAAUAGAACAGGCCCAGGCACACACGCACACACCGCCUCAGCCGUUUUCUUUUGGCAGUCUGACUCAUCUCAAUGUCAUGGCGGGUAUGAAGAUAACCCAGGCAGCGAGUAUCGAGACGCGCAUUGAGACGUUGGAGGGUAGGAUGCAAAGGAUGGAGGACAUUGUCGCUCAACUAUGCAACUCUGUGCCGGGGUUGCAAGUGCGCAUCAACCAGCCAGAUCGAACUGCUCCACCCGUUCCAGGUCCCAAUGCAUCCUCGUAUAACAGCACGUCUGUGAAUACCGUACUCCAGCAGGUUUCCCAUCCGGAGGGACCCGGUUCUAGGAACACUAACUCGGCGCAUUCUAAAGAGUCUCACACAUCCUUCGGCGAGACUCCUACAUACGUUGGUUCCCUUCACCUCCCCGCAUCAAUACACCGACCAACCUCAACAUCGACCAUCCGGGGCGUCAGUAGCUUGCCGGCUCUGUCCCGAAUGGAAACCGGUCGAGCGACAGAGCUAUUCACAGCAGAUCACUACACGAUGCUCUUGGCACUUCUUGAGACGGAAAGAGCUUCCAGGCAGGCUCUUGAGUCUCAAGUAAAGAAAUUGACGAGGCGCAUUAACAUGAUUUCUGGGCCAACCGGUAACGGCCGUCUGUCUCUGCAGAUGGAGCCGCCCCCGACAGCCAAAUCAUUCGGUAGUGUGUCGGCCUUUGACCGCGAUUCAUCAGACGAUGACGACGCCGCGUUGAGGGAUAGACGCUACCUGGCGGAAGAUUCGGGGGUUGGUACUGGUGUCGGAGACGAUGAUUCUUACUCAGAGGUAUUUGCUACUCCGAAAGAAGAACAGCCAUACAGCUAUGGAGCAUUUGGGGAAGAAUUGCGGGAGGAGGACGAGGAUCCGCAGCGUAAGAAGGCAGCCAGGACAUUGUCCUUAAGCCAGAUGACGUUAGGGAAGAAGCCGUCGAGGACAAGAGUAUAA